GUAAUGAAUGAAUGCAAUCAUUGAGCUAGAUGUUCUAGGAAUAAUUGCAAGGGCAGGUCCCGGCAGGCAGCUAAUGUCAUCAGAAAUCGCGGUGAGCCUGCCGGGAGUUAAAGACCCUAAGACAACUGCAUCGAUGUUGGAGAGGAUGUUGUGGCUGUUGGCAACCUACAAUGUUGUAAGUUGCACGGUGGUUGAGGAUAAAGAUGGUGGUGUAAAGAAGAGAUUUGGGUUAGCAGCAGUGGCUAAGUACUUUGUUCCGGACAAUGAUGGUGUUUCAUUGGCUCCUCUAAUGAGGUUGAGUCAGGAUAAGGUCUUUGUUGAUUCCUGGUGAGUUCUGUCUUCAUUCAUCCAGAUUUUUCCUUUGGAAAUUAUUCAAAGUGUUUUUUGUUUUGCUUUUUUUUUUCUUUCUUUUUUGAAAAAUUUACUGUAGCUCAAUCAUACCAUCACGGGCUAUUGGGCUGUCAUACUACGACGUACGGAAUAUGGUUUGCUUCAAAUAAUUUUACGCCUUGUGUCCCGUUCAAUAAAAUUAAUUUCACUUCAAUAAAAUUAAUUUCAAUUCACUAAAAAUAAUUUGGU